UGUGCAGGUCUUCGAGCGACAGCCACCCGGCACGACACAGCAGCCAUGAAAGCCUUCGUUGUCAUCGCUCUCCUAUCCGCUGCCUCGCUGGCCUAUGCCGGUGCGAAGACGGAUUCUCUUGGCUCUGGAGGUUUUCCGAGCAGUGCGGGCGGACUUGGCAGUGCCCUCGGGUCGCUUGGGUCCAGCAGUGGCGCGUCAGGGUUCCCGUCUCUUCCUUCACUAGGUUCAUCUGGAGCACGGCCCUCGGGAUCUUCGACUAGCUUCCCUGGAUCUCUUGGAUCUAGCGCUGGAUCUGCGGGACGACCUAGCUCAUCAGGCUCCAACGGCGGUUUCCCGAGCGCAGGCUUCUUUGGUUCGUCAGGUCCUGGAGCUUACGGUUUUGUCAGUGGACCCGCUUUUGGCCCUGGGUACGGUUAUGGCGGCUUCGGUGGCAGCGGCUUCGGUGAUGCUGGAUAUUAUGGAAGUGGUUUCUUUCCAUUCGGCGGCUAUGGCCCCAGCUUUGUCCCCGGCUAUGGUGUCGGCCCCUAUUACGGCUUCGGCUCCGGUCCCUCUUACGGCUCCGGCCCCUCUUACGGCUUCGGCUCCGGCACAGCUUCCGGAUCUGGUUUCGGCCCCGGUUCCAGCUCUGGUUCCGGCUCUGGUUCCAGCUCUGGUUCCGGCUUUGGACCUGGCUUUGGCUCUGGCGUGGGGGUUCAGGGAGGCAACUUCGGCACUGGCGUCGGCUUUCACGGCCCCUCGUUCAGCUACGGUGGUUCAUUCGGUGGCCAGCCAGGCUUUGGAUUCGGCUCUGGCAGCUUUGGCAGCAGCCGUGGCAGUUCUGGAUCCUCCCAAGUAGCUGUACGAGGAAGUUCACGUUCUAGCGCAAGAAGCUCAAGCUCCUCCUCCUCUUCCUCUAGACAAUAAAUAAUGGACGCUGCAAAACCUAGACAUCCCUUAAAAACCAGAGUCUUCGGUGGCAUUUCCCAUGUAAUGUGAAAGAACAAGGAAGACUACCAACACAAUCAGAGGACAUUUUCCCAUAUUGUGAUUCGGAUAAACCAACAAUA